GUGAUAUCAAUUUGGGUAAAUAAAUGGUAGCUUCGGUACCAUACGAUACGAUGAACAACCAACUGCAGUCAGUUUUGCAGGAUAACCUUACAUCUACUGGCCACGUUGAAGACUGUGCUAUAUUUACAAGAAAAGAUGUCGCUCUUCGGGCAUGUUCAAGUGGGUUUAUGUUAACAGAAAAAGAAAUGCAGGACCUAGAAAAUGCAUUUCAUGAUUGUUCAGAAACAAGAACUAACGGCAUUAAUCUGAAAGAUGUCCACUACAAAAUAAUACGUGCAGACAAAUACUCUAUAUAUGGAAAAAAGGACAAGCAGGGUAUAGUUUUAACAAAAACAGCAACCCUUAUACUUCUAUCACUGUUUUCAGAGGAUAUGUACCCUGGCGUUUGCGUGGAAGCAACAGAAAAACUAAGUGAUUAUUUACGCGAGAAGGGAAAAUGAAUGGAACAAAGCUAAUGAAAAGGUUGGAAUAUUGUAUAAGUUAGCAAGAGAGAAUCCCAAAGCAGGAUCGCCGUUUAAAUUAGCGCAUUUUAAAUACAAAGUUAAAUCCAACGUAUUCGGAAUAAAGUUGUUAUUAAAACAUUCACACAAACAUGUACAAUAUUUUCUUAUCAAUAAGUAAAACCUAAAUAUGCAUUAUCGCUUUAUAGAAUUAUUAUAUAUAUUUGUAAAAAAUGACACUUGUUAGUUGUACAGUUUGUUUUUUAAACCUAUCCUUACCCAGUGAUUGAA